AUGUGGUGCAUAGCUGUCUUUGUUGGUAUAAAUCAUGCCAGCGCUGAAGUGGGUUUUGAUAACAACAUACAGUUAUCUCUCACACUGGCUGCACUGUCCAUUGGGCUGUGGUGGACUUUUGAUAGAUCUGAAAGUGGUUUUGGCCUUGAAGUAGGAGUUGCUUUCUUGGCAACCUUGGUCACUCAGCUGCUAGUCUAUAAUGGUGUUUAUCAAUAUACAUCUCCAGAUUUUCUCUGUGUUCGUUCUUGGUUACCAUAUAUAUUUUUUGCUGGAGGCAUAACAAUGGGAAACAUUGGUUGACAACUGGCAAUGUAUGAAUGUAAAGUUAUCGCAGAAAAAUCUCAUCAAGAAUGAA